AUGUGGAGGAGGUCCGAGGAGAUGCCGAAGGAUGUGUGGAUGUCCUUGCUGUUGGUGUGGAUUACUUUGCUUUCAUGCGUGUCAACGAUCCCCAUCGGAGGCGCCGAUACCGAGGCCGAUCCCGGAGAAGGACAGCGACUGCUGAGCCGAGCCAAGAGAGGAUGGGUUUGGAACCAAAUGUUUGUGCUGGAGGAAUUUUCUGGACCCGACCCAAUCCUGGUUGGCAGGCUCCACACGGACUUGGACGUAGGUGGCAAGCGCAUUAAGUAUGUGCUGGCUGGUGAAGGGGCUGGCACCAUUUUCGCUAUCAAUGAGCUGACUGGUGACAUCCACGCCAUGAAGAGACUGGACCGCGAGGAGAAGGCCGAGUACACUCUCACGGCCCAGGUUAUUAAUGCAGACACAGAUCAGCCGCUGGAGCCGCCAUCCGAGUUCAUCAUCAAAGUGCAAGACAUCAAUGACAACCCUCCCCAGUUCAUCGAAGGCCCUUAUCGGGCGUCCGUUGCGGAGAUGUCGGCCGUCGGUACCCCGGUGACCCGAGUGACUGCCACCGAUGCCGACGACCCUGUAUACGGCAAUAGCGCCAAGCUGGUCUACAGCAUCCUGGAGGGACAGCCCUACUUUUCUGUGGAACCAAACUCAGCCACCAUCAAAAUCGCUCUCCACGGGAUGGACCGCGAGAUGCGGGAAGAGUACCUGGUGGUCAUCCAGGCCAAAGACAUGGGUGGUCACAUGGGUGGCUUGUCGGGAACCACCACUGUCACCGUCACGCUCACCGACAUCAACGACAACCCACCCAAGUUCUCAAAAAAUUUGUACGAGUUUGUGAUCCCUGAAAACCUGCCAAUUGGGCAGACUGGAGGCAAAGUAAAGGCAAAUGACCGGGACAUCGGCGAAAAUGCCCGAUCUACGUACAACAUCAUUGAAGGAGACGAGCAAGGCGUGUUCGAGAUCGUCACGGACUCUCAAACACAGGAAGGGAUUCUGCGACUUAAAAAGGCGUUAGACUUUGAAAGCAGGAGGUCAUACACGCUCAAAGUGGAGGCCGCCAACGUGCAGUCGGACCCUGGUGGCAGCGCAGGGGGGCCCUUCAAGGACACGGCCACGGUCAAGAUCGUCGUGGAGGAUGCAGACGAACCACCUGUGUUCUCCAAGCCUGUCUACACACUAGAGGUCAAUGAGAAUGCGCCGGUCAACACCGUCAUUGGCACCGUUGCUGCCAGGGACCCGGACUCCAGCGGGAGUCAAGUCAGGUACUUUAUCGACCGGCACACAGACCUGGAGAGGCAAUUCAACAUUAAUGUUGAUGACGGCAAGAUCACACUGGCCAAACCGCUGGACCGGGAGACUGAUAUGUGGCACAACAUUACUGUCACUGCUACUGAAGUCCGUAACCACAGUCAGAUAUCUCGAGCGGUGGUGGCGAUCCGGGUCAUGGACAUAAACGACAAUGCCCCAGAGUUUGCUACAGAGUAUGAAGCCUUCUUGUGUGAAAAUGGAAAACCCGGACAGGUGAUCCAAACGGUCAGUGCCGUCGAUAGGGAUGAUCCAAUCCAGGGCCACUACUUUGAGUACCGUCUGGUGCCCGAGAUGCUCAACAAUCCCAACUUCACAAUUAAGAACAAUCAAGACAACUCCAUUAGUGUCCUGGCGAAGCACGACACAUUCCGGCGGCAAAAGCAGGAGAUGUACUUCCUGCCCAUUGUGGUGACGGACAACGGCAACCCACCCAUGAGCAGCACCAACACCCUGACCAUUCGGGUGUGCGGAUGCAGCAAGGAUGGGAUCGUGCAGUCCUGCAAUGUGGAGGCUUACGUUCUGCCCAUCGGCCUCAGCAUGGGCGCUCUCAUCGCCAUCCUGGCCUGCAUUAUCUUGCUCUUAGUAAUAGUGGUGCUUUUUGUGACCUUGAGGCGGCAUAAGAAUGAGCCGCUCAUCAUCAAGGACGACGAGGAUGUGCGUGAGAACAUCAUCCGCUACGACGACGAGGGUGGCGGCGAGGAGGACACGGAGGCUUUUGACAUCGCCACGCUGCAGAACCCGGAUGGCGUCAACGGCUACCUGCCACGCAAGGACAUCAAACCUGACCUGCAGUUCAUGCCGCGUGCCGGCCACCACUCAGGUCCCAACGGAGUGGACGUGGACGAGUUCAUCAACGUACGGUUGCACGAGGCCGACAACGAUCCCACGGCUCCGCCGUACGACUCCAUCCAGAUCUACGGCUACGAAGGCCGGGGGUCGAUCGCAGGCUCCCUCAGCUCGUUGGAGACCGCGUCUUCCGAUUCAGAUCAGAACUAUGACUACCUCAGGGAGUGGGGUCCUCGCUUCAGGAGACUUGGGGAACUCUACUCAGUGGGCGAGAGCGACCGCGAGACCUGA